AUGGAGGUGGUCCUGCUCCAUGGGCUGCUGCUCCUCCUCCCCUUGGCCCUGCUGCUUUACUGCUACAGUGCCACUGUCCAGUACUUCUGCAAGGUGGCCUUCUUCAACUGCUGGAUUGUCACCUUGGCCACCCUCCUGUCCCCCUUGGCAGCUCUUCGGGGACGUUCUGUGGAGAACAUGAAGCUGCUGCGUGCUGCAAUCCUGCCCCUCAAGCACAUCUAUGGCAUCAAGAUGCAGGUGAAGGGCUCUGAGCACCUGAACAUCAAGGAGCCCUAUGUGAUGGUUUGCAACCACCAAGCUUCCCUUGACCUCCUGGGCAUGGUGGAGGUGAUUCCCGACCGCUGCGUGCCCAUCGCCAAGAAGGAGCUGCUGUACCUGGGCACGGUGGGCUGGGCCUGCUGGCUCAGCGGCAUCAUCUUCAUCGACCGCCAGAGGAGGGCGGAGGCCAUCGACGUCAUCUCCCGGACGGCCAGGACCAUGCUGCGGGACGACCUCCGAGUCUUGAUUUUCCCUGAAGGCACCAGGAACCAGAAGGGGUCCAUGCUGCCCUUCAAGCGUGGGGCUUUCCACCUGGCCGUGCAGGCUCAGGUUCCCAUUUUCCCCAUGGUCAUCUCCCCAUACUGGGACUUCUUCAGCUCGAAGGAGAAGAGAUUCACCUCUGGGACGUGCAGCAUCCAGAUCCUGCCCAGGGUAGAAACCCAGGGCCUGACCCCGCAGGAUGUGCCCCAGCUGACAGAGAGGGUCCAGCAGGCCAUGGCUGAUGUCCUUGCUGAGAUGGCUGCAGCUCGCUCUGGGCACCAGCACUGUGGUGCUGCUGGAGCUGCCAGGGACACAGGCAGCCCACGGUGCCAGGAGGGCACAACCCGGACCAGCAGUUAG